UCCGCAGUAACUUUAUCAACACCACUGGUUACAUCAUCACCUCUUACUUCACCAGAAAUAUCGACCAAUCAUUCAAGAACCGAGACUUCAGAAAUGUUAACAAAAUCAAUUACUGCAUUACCAUCAACUUCCACAGAAUCAGCUACACAUAACCCCUUAACAUCUGAGGCCACAAAAACUCCAUCAAUACAAACACAUGGAGUGUCACGACCUACUCACACAGAAACAUUUACAGAUCUCUCAUCAACAAUUGAAUCUUCAGAAACUUCAACACAAACAGUCACUGCCUCACCAUCUCCCUCCUCAAAAUUAUCUACAGAUUACUCAUCAGCAUCUGAAUCUCCAGAACCUAUAUCAACACAAACAGAUAUAAUAUCACCACCUGCUUCUGAUGAAUCACCUAGAGAUCACUCCUCAAAAUCUGAAGCUCCAGAACCGUCGUCACCACCAUUCUUUACAUCACCACCUACUUCAACACAUUUAUCUACAGAUCACUCAUCAACAUCAACUACAACUCUGUCAACAACAACCACCACCACAGGCAUUUCUCCAACAACCACUACUUCAAAAACCCCACCAAAAGUAACCACCAACAAAACCAACUCUUCACGACCAUCUAUAAUUUUUCAACCACCAACUGCUUUGCUAUCAAAAACAUUUGCUCAAGCAGUGGUUAAGAUGCAAUGUGUCACUAAACUAAGCAAUGAGAAAAUCAUCAUCUAUAUAGAGGAGUUUUCCCGACUCAUCCAGGCUAAAGUUAAUGGAACCAUUAAGAUUACAGUGAAGAAGACCAAAAUGUAUCACCCUAAGGAUCACCUCCUUAAAGCUCCAUAAAAAAAGAGAAGUCUGAAGAAUGUAUUUCAUUAUUCCACUAAUAAUAAAACUAACAAUUCAUUUUAUGGAUUGGCACUCUGUCCAAGGUGUACCCCACCUUGUGCCCGAUGCUCCCUGGGAUAGGCUCCAGGUCCCCAUGACCCUGUAAAGGAUAAGCGGUAUAGAGGAUGGAUGGAUGGAUGGAUAAUUCAUGUUUCCACUGUGGGAAAAACAAAUGCUGUCUCAAUGCAAAGGCACUAGUAUUAUUUAAUUAGCUCAGGAUGAUAACUGACACAUUGCUCAGCCAUUCUACAUAGUUUGUCAUGUGUGCAUGUAAAGUUUGCCUGAAAAAUGUGCCGACCAUGCUAUUAACUAAAGAAUCAUUAGAAGGAUUAGAAUGACCAACGUGAAUAUUCAUCAUAUAAACAAAGCCAUGUCACCCUUCCAGAAAGCACUAACACAUCACAGCCACACAAACUGUCUGUUAACAUAUUUCUGUACUAAUAGGAUGUAAAUUUUGGCUGUGUCAAGUAGACAACAUUGCAGUGUUAUCAUAAUCUAAGGCACAACAAAGGGCACAACGAAAUUUAUUGCCUCAUGGUUUCUAGAAUGUUUCUUGAACAUGGAUUAUUAUUGAAGGCUUUAUCGAUGUUCUUGACGAGAGUUCAUGCAACUUUAUAACUUUACUUUUUUUCAGUUUGUGUAGUCUAUGUUAAAUAUACUCUGUGUUCUACCAGAACAAAUA